GUGCGAACGGAAUUUAAUUUUGACAAUCGGAAAAACAACGCAUCUGAAUCGAUUUAUUUGCAAUUUUUGUUGCAUAUGAUCAUAUGAAUACAUUAGCUUGUUUUUUUUUCUAUGGGCUAACUAUAACUAAUGCUAGAAGACCUGAUUUUCUAUCGAAGUUAAUUUAUUUUGUUCGAAAUCAGUUUUUUUUUGAAAUCUAGUUUUCUUGGAAUUUGCUCAGGUUCAGAAUAGAACAUGCAAAAGUGCUAUUUAAAACCAGAUAGUGUUAGUUCUGCUCGCUGAACUGCAAAAACGAGACAAUAUGUUUUGAAUGAAUGAAAUUUCUGCUAUUUGAAAGCAUUUCGUAACUAAUUUGUGAACCAAAUGAUUUUUGCAAGUAAUUUUACCCGAGUGAUAUAAAUUUAUAGUGAGAAUUGAAGUACUCGUUUCACGAUUAUUUCAGAUUUAAUCCAAUUUGUUUUUUCCUUUUUCUUCCCUGUGUUUUCAGGUGGAUUGUUGAUUUGUUUUCUCUUAUCUCCCUACUCCUGCCUUAACCUCAACCUUUCUGCCCACUCACUUUGUUUGGUCCGGAUACAUACCGACUAAUGUGAUUGCCUUCACCUGAGAACCCAAAUCGUGAUUGCUGACGGAAAACAUUCCCCCACUUAAUUUCCUUCCUAAUUUAAGAUAGUCAAUUUUUAUUUUCCUGGAUCCAGUUUAAAGCUCAUUUAUACCCAAACAAAAAAAAUCUGCCAUUGAUUUGAUUUCUUUGCACUAAUUUUGCAAAAUUAUUUGUAAUCUUAGCGAAAAUGAUCCUCGUUUGCAAAAGCUCUUCCAUCAUUAGAGCGUUACAUAACAAACGCAAUGUUCGUUAUUAUUCGUAUUUAACAUCGCGUUUUGAAUCUCGUCGAAAUGUGUCGACAAAAAGUGCUUUACCCGACUGGUAUUUUGACACAACAGUUAACCCCUCGGAGCCUCUUUUCAACAAAGUUCUGAUCGCGAACAGAGGAGAGAUUGCGUGUCGGGUGAUUGCAACAUGCAAGCGACUGGGAAUUCCGACAGUGGCUGUGUUUUCGGACUCCGAUGCACAGAGCCUACAUGUUCGCUUAGCCGACGAGAAAAUCCACAUAGGAGCCUCUGCUUCGAAGGAUUCCUACUUGAGGAUGGAUCGGAUUCUGGAGAGUUGCAAGAGAACAGGUGCAGAGGCGGUUCAUCCUGGCUUCGGAUUCCUGUCCGAGAACACUCUCUUUGCAUCUCUGUUGAAGGAGAAUGACAUCGCAUUCAUUGGACCACCCAGUGCUGCUAUUAAAGCCAUGGGUGACAAGAUAGAGAGCAAGCGAAUAGCGGAGAGUGCGAGAGUGAAUCUGAUUCCUGGAUUUGACGGGGCAGUCGCAGAUGCACAGGAAGCGGUGAGAGUGGCAAAGGAUAUAGGGUACCCGGUGAUGUUGAAGGCCUCAGCUGGAGGAGGAGGAAAGGGUAUGCGGGUGGCCUAUAAUGACGAGGAGUGCAUCAAGGGGUUCCAGUUGAGCUCGCAGGAGGCCAAAUCCAGUUUUGGAGACGACCGAAUCCUGGUCGAGAAGUUUAUUGAAAGUCCUCGACAUGUCGAGAUCCAAGUACUGGGAGACCAACAUGGAAACUACCUCUACCUACACGAGAGAGAAUGUUCAAUUCAGAGACGAAAUCAAAAAGUAAUCGAAGAAGCUCCUAGUCCAUUUAUAGAUCAAAAUACACGUGAUGCAAUGGGACAACAAGCAGUGUCUUUAGCAAGAGAAGUUGGAUAUUUUUCAGCAGGAACAGUUGAGUUUCUAGUCGAUAAAAACAAAAAGUUCUACUUUCUAGAAAUGAACACAAGGUUGCAAGUUGAACAUCCUAUAACGGAAUGUAUUACUGGAAUCGAUAUUGUACAGGAAAUGUUGAGGGUCGCCAAAGGCUACAAGUUGACAAAAAGUCAGUCCGAAGUCGCGUUGAAAGGCCAUGCAGUUGAGUGUCGUGUAUACGCCGAGGAUCCGACUAAGAACUUCGGGUUACCAUCUAUCGGACGAUUAUACAAAUACCGAGAGCCGAAAACCGACAAAGUUCGUUGUGAUUCGGGAAUUGAUGAAGGUUCCGAAAUAUCGAUGUAUUACGAUCCUAUGAUUUGUAAACUAGUUACAUAUGGCAAUGAUAGAAACGAAGCCCUAAACAACAUGACUGACGCGUUAGAUUCUUACGUCAUUCAAGGGGUGACUCAUAAUAUAUCACUCUUGAGAACUUGCAUUGACGAGGAGAGGUUCCGAUCCGGAGACAUAACUACUAACUACCUCUACGAAACAUUCCCAGAUGGGUUUCAAGGUCACUCGUUGAGCGCUACGGAUCGCAAUUACCUUUCGGCUAUUGCUGCGUUGGUUAAUCUUAAUCAGGAGUACAUGUUUAUGAAUAAAGAUUUAACUAAGCAUCUGAAACAAACGUCCCUGUCGGUUUGUUGUAACGAUGUCUAUACAAAUCUUGAUAUUUCGAAAUCUGAAGACGGUUUUGAAAUUUCAACAGACGAUGAACAAUUCACGUUAUCAAAUUUUGAUGCAAAUGAAUUGAUAAAUUGCAGUGUGAACAAAACUAAAAUUCCGAUUAUUCAACUUUUGUCACGUGAAUCGGGAGGCAAAGUUAGAUUGCAGUACCUUGGAACUGAGUUUGUCUUGACAGUCAUGACUCCAAGAAGUGCAGAAUUGUUGCAGAUCCUUCCAGUUAGACCAAAGCCAGAUUUGUCCAAGCUAGUGAAAGCGCCUAUGGCUGGAACCCUAGUUGAAAUUGCACUGAAAGUCGGAGACACUGUUACUGCGGGCCAGGAAGCAUGUGUUUUGGAAGCUAUGAAGAUGCAAAACUCGUUAACUAUAUCAUCCGACGGAGUUGUUAAGAAAGUAAACUUCGAAGCAGGUUCCACUGUUAAUAAAGAUGAUCUUAUUGUCGAGAUUGAAUAGAUUGGUCUUUUAAUUGUAUUUUGCAGUAUCAUAUCCAAGGGCAUAUUC